AUGCCUGACGAGAAAGACCCCCCGGUCGCCAAGCCCGAGGAGGCGUCCGACUGCGCCAUCGACAGUUCUGAUGAGGCCGACGACGAGUACAUCGAGGCUCAAAUGUCCCAGUCAGAGCUGAAGAAGAAGCAACAGACGCAGCGUCGGACGAUCCAGCAUAUCGUUCCUUUCAAAUGGAGCCCGUUGGUGUUGCCUCUGACCGAGUCGAACCUCGAGUCUUGCGUCGCUCUCGAGGACGCUGCGUUUACUGACCCGAGUCAUCGCGCUACCCGCGUCAAAUUCAUGUACCGCCUCGCCACCUGCUCAGACAUCUCCACAGGUCUCUUCUGCAGCGUCGUUCCGGCCGAGGCCGAGGCUUUCCCCCUCUCGACCAUGACCGUCGCCAGCCCCGUCGAGACAGGUCGAGCCAACGGAGCCAAGCUGGUCCUACUCGGCCACGCCGUCGCGACCCUUGGCGAUGGCUCCGUCGUCAGCGACGACGACAUGGCCUAUCCGGACAACUGGCGCGAUCAAAAGUCCGCCAAGAGCACAGAUGUCGGCCAUAAGAUCAUGGGCCGCACCCUGUGUCUUCAUUCAUUCGCCAUCGACCCCAAGGUCCAGGGCUUGGGUCUCGGUAAGCUUCUCAUGAAGUCGUACCUGCAGCAGAUCAACAACUCUGGCGUUGCGGAUCGCGUUGCGCUAAUCUGCAAGGACUGGUUAGUUAGCUACUACCAGCGCUUCGGCUUCAAGCGCGUCGGUCCCAGCAAAGCGUCUUUCGCUGGCAGCGGAUGGAAUGAUAUGGUGAAUGCUCAUACUGUCUACCAUCCCUCGUGGCGAAACGACUAA